AUUCUUAUAUUUUUCGAGGUUAUCUUUGUAAUUAUUGCUCAGGAAUAUUUUUAUUCAAGUAAUUGAUGACAAAUUACUUGUUAAAAAAUGGAUAAAACAAAUCCCACGAAACAAAAUCCGGAGAAAAAACAAACUCCAGAUUCAGAUAACCCGCAACCUAGUACUAGCACUUCAAGUCCAGCACCAACUGAACGUCUGAUGUCGUUUCUUAGUCCACGUAAUUUAUUACUUGGGAGUAAUGAUAAAAAACCACGUGGUGCUGGUAUCAGAGCUAUACCUGCACCAAAUUUAAAAGUCCAACGUAAAAAAGUAGAGGAUAGUACGCCAGCUGAUAAUGAAUCGGGUUCUGGUAAAAACAAAGGUAAAGGCAGAGGUCGAGGCCGAGGUCGGGGAAGUGACCGUGGUAGAGGAAGAGGCCGAGGAAAAUCAAAUGCUGUCCAGUCUGUUGGAAUAUUUGCGGAAGGAAUACAAAUAGACGUGCGUCCUAGUUCUUCUGGUGGAAGAUCUAGUUAUGGCGGCGGGGGUGGUGGUGGAGGUGGAGGAGGAGGAGGAGGAGGUGGUGGCGGUGGCGGCAGUAAAGGAAGUAUUGAAAUACCUACACUCAAGUUGGACUAUGAUUUCGACAAAGAUGCUGAGGACAGAGUGUUGGAAAAACUGUUAAAAGAUGACUUCAUCGAUGAUGGCGAUGAUGAUGAUUAUGAUUAUGACGAUAUGGAAAACGCACCAAUUGCUUUGCCAUUAAUUAGAGAUACAAAAGGAAAACAAUCUAUUAAGAAAAUAAAAGCUGAACCUGGAUGUGAAGACGAUGAGAGAAGAGCCAUCGAGCCGAUGGCAGUAGAUGAGCCUGAAGAAGAAAGAGAUAUAAAACCAACGAUAUUAGAGAACGGUGUUGCUGUGCCUCCACCAGAGCUCAAACCAAAACUUACCAACAAAUUCAUUCCACCACAGAGUGAUAACUCAACCCAACAAGUCCAACAAGUUAUUAAACAAAGUGGACUUAUGAUGCUACGAUUUCCAGAUUGCCUUCCUGGAUUCCCUAAAACUGAGGAAAACGCUGGUCCGUCUUCUGAAGAACAUCAAGCCUUAACUGGUUCAGAUAAUCAGUCUGCUAAUAUAUUGAAUAAUAUAACAAAGUUGUGUACACUAAGAGAUCUUCAACCUGGUUUGAUAGGUAAAUUACAGAUUCUCAGGUCAGGAAAAGCUAGACUUGUACUCGGUGAGAAUAGUCUAGUUGUCGAAGUCGGUUCACGUAUUGGGUUCAGACAGGACAUAAUUGCAGCUAAGAUCAACGACGAAAAUAAAGAGAUGAUAAAUCUAGGACCAAUUGAUAGCACACUUAUAUGUACACCUGACUUUGAAAAUAUGUUGAAUCGACUGAACCUUGCUAAAUAAUUAAGAAAAUUUUUUCAUUACUUUGUUAUUUAAUAUCAAUGAAUAAAUAAAAUAAAUAAUUUUGUUUAAA